GAGGAGGGAUGGGUGGAGGGAGCAGGAGGAGCAAUAUCGACAGAACGGGAGGGGGAGUGAAAGGAGGAGGAUAGGAGACACUCUUGGGUGGAGGGAGGAGAGAUAUGGGGAGGGAGUGCAGGUGGGUGGGUGCCUGGGAGGGGAUGCCUGGACGGUUCGAGACAGCGAGAACCUCAGUCAACCUCAGACAGUCAGAGGGGAAGCAUCGCCACUCGCCGUUCCUCCCUCCCGAGCAGAAAUCUUGGUGUGUUUACAAAGAAAACGUGAAAUAUUUGACUCCUCUUCUUUCCUGGAGACGAAGAAAUGUGAGGAAAACAAACAAACAAAACACAAGGAAAAACAAACAAAGACUGACAAUUAGUGAAGUGACUCGUGAGGAAACUGUAAACGAAUGAGGAAAAUUGAUCACAACACAAUCCAGGAAAAAAAAAAUCAAACGAGGAAAUAAAAAAAAGACCAAACGCUUGAAUUAAAACAUAAAAAAAACGAGAAAAGAUAAAAAAAAAAAAAUAUUAAGCACUUGCCUUUGUCUGUCAGUGUGACUUACUGCGCGCAUCAUUAAUUUCCCCACGGGGCGGAAAAAGUGCUCACAUAAACAAAAAACCUACAUCGUCGUAAAAUAGAUCAACGUGCACGGUAUUAACUCCAGGGGGAAUUACCGCGUCCGGGUGAGAGUGAGGAGCAUAAACCCGCGGCUGGGAAGUGACUUUUUUCCCCACCGCAGCAAGACGCCUGGACAUUACCGGACAGGCUCGUGAAUAGAGGCUGAUUUACUGAAGAGAAGUUGUCACGUAAAUCGAAGGCACUCAGCGUCGCCACUUCCACCCUCCGGCCUCCACCUGAACCUAAAAGCCUCACCUUCCAAAUUUCUCUCGCAUCUAUCACCUUCAUCCAGCCCUCUCUCAAUCUUUCCUCCCUAUCUCAUCCUCAAAUUCCCAUCCUACAUCCCCUACAGCCUACCUCUCAACGUCACCCUUGUUUCCCUCUCCAUCUCGCUAUUAAAAUUCCCUCUCUACUGACAGUCUUCUCUCUCUACCUUACCAAUAACCUUUUGUCUAUACCCCUUAACCUUCCCUGCACUGCCUGGCCUGCGUCCCUCGCCCUCGCCACUAUGGAGCUCCGAGGAGGCCGCCCACCGUACCAGCCUGGGACGGGAUGUAUCUACCUGCUGUUCCUCCUGCCGCUUUUCAUCGCUACACACACUGAAGGAGGCGCCACGGUGGCUCAACACGGCGGGCCCCGGACAGUGACAACAGCAGUGGGGCAGACAGCUUACCUCCACUGUCGGGUGUCUGACUUAGGAGACAAUGAGAAAGUGUCAUGGAUCAGGCAGAGAGAUUUGCACGUCAUGAGCUCAGGCAGAGUUGUCUUCGCCUCGGACCAACGUUUUCAGGUGAUCCAUCCAGAGAAGUCAGACAACUGGACACUGCAGAUCAAGUUCGCGCAGCUCCGGGACGCGGGAGUGUAUGAGUGUCAGGUGAACACGGAGCCCAAGACCUCCGUGUCCUACUUGCUGCGGGGUCUCAGAGGCCAGGGCGGUGCUGGAGGGGCCCGAGUACGUCAAGGCAGGAAGUUCCAUUAACCUGACGUGCUAUAUCAACCAACCUCACCUGCAAGGACUGGUUUACUGGUACCACGAACACGAAAUGCUGCAGUACGAUGGAACAGCGAGCAUCACUACUCGAGGGGACGAGUCGGGUGUCACCUCCAGCCUCUCGGUGCCCCACGCAGAGCCGCGACACGCAGGCAACUACACCUGCUGACCCACCUCGGCACAGCCCGCCUCCCUCUAUGUUACUCUGGUGCAGGGGGAGCAACCGGCGGCUGUGCAGACAGGAGUAGCUCACAGGCCCCUCGCAGCUCUCAGCGCGCCUCUCCUGCUGGGGGCGCUGCAGAUCCUGGCGGCGGCACGAGUGAGAUGAUGAGCCACACCGCGACAGUACCGAGCCGCAGGAAGCCUAGGGGAAGCAUGGAAUCUCCUCCCGAAAGCCAUCCAUGGUUUUAAGAGAUGUUCGGGUGGCGUGGAGUGAAGGAGUAGCUGCAGGGAUGACCAAAGUGGAGAUGCCCUGGAGUGGACCGGCGUGGAAGAUGCAGAAAUGGGUACACACGCUGCAGGACGGUUCAUAGUUCGGAGUUUUAUGCCUCCAAGCGCUGCGUCUGAAGUUUCUUGGACUAGACUGAGAGUGAACUGAGUAAGUACCCCCCGUCUCCACACACAUCCACACCCAGGCCGCUCCACGAAGGGUGUCAGAGCUGUAGUGGAACAAAACCCAGUCCGCUGCGCCGCCACACGUCAACGUUCAUCAGUACAAGUGUCUGCAAGGCGCGUCUCGUCUCUGCUGAACAGCGGUUACUCGUCUCUAUAACUUCAAUUCCCACAAGCGUGUUCAUGGGGAAAGAUUGACGUGUUCUUUACUUUCCUGCGAGUUCAGGAAGGGAAACUAUGUCUUGGUGCGUCAGUGAGUCCAUAUGAAACUAAUAUAUGUGUUUUUUGUAUGUGAAAGAAAAAAAUAACCAGGUAAAUCUUAAACUUAAAUCCAUGAAAACAAAAGUCUCUUUGACUAAGAUAUGAGUCAAAAUACAACCACAAGAACCAAAACUGAAAGUGGCUGGACGGAACAAUGAAAGACGGCACGGUCACACAUUGUAUAAGGUUAAGUUAGUGCACGCUUCCCGCCUCCUCUCGCCUCUCAACAACGAACUGAAACAAUGCCUCCACCGUAAGGAAUAAAGAGGCACUGAGGCGGUGGAGAAUCGGGGACGGUGUGGGGGCGGCAAUCCACUGGUUAAGUGGAAGAGGAAGAACAACACAAACGCUGCUGCUAAACCUAACCUAACCUCGUGUACGGAUGCCAGCUCCAGCCACUCAGAGUUUAAUAAUUAUAAUCAAGUGUAAAGCAUUUGAUGUAUGUAACUUUAGAACAAGAAAAUUAUGUGUAGAGUUCAAGUGAUGAUUCAUUUUUAUGUACGUGAGCAUGUUCGUGUGUGUGUGUGUGUGUGUGUGUGUGUGUGUGUGUGUGUGUGUGUGUGUGUGUGUGUGUUUCAGUAGAUAUUUUUUAUGUGGGUGAAGAUAAAGACACAUUAUUUGUAUGACGUAACCUAACAACACUACUAUUCACUUGUGCUGUCCCUCUGGUGGUGACGCGUGAGUGAGUGAGUGAGGCGAGACGAGGCAGAAGACAAAACACCUGACUCGUUUUAUCAUCACACUAUGUCAGAAAUCGAUGUAUAUUAUAAAUUUGUAAGGCGGACGAGACAAACAGGUGUGUGUGUGUGUGUGUGUAUGUGUGUUCUGAGUGUGCUUUAUAAUUUAGGACUACCAACACCUUGAUUAUCCGCAGUAAAUAUCACAUUACUAUUCAUUAAAGGUAUCGAUUGUUUUUAGUU